CUUUCCAGUCCACGAAAACAAUGCCGUUGGGCUGUCUCUUUGUCUGUCUUCUGCUCUAUGUCCCGCCCCUCCAAGUGUUACUCAACCAAUAUAAGGACCAGACGGUGCAGGGUUAAGCUUUGUGCCCUGAACUGGAGGAGGUUCCAUCGCUCUCUCUGGGAGAAAUUCGCGCUGCAGAGGAGAAAGACCCGCAGAAGAUACUGUCAGGGUAAGAAACUGAGGCCAAGUGCUGAGAAGAUGAGUCUCAAACUCGAUUUGGAAACAAAUUUUGCUGAGUGUGUUGUAGAUGUAGGAAAAAUCAUCCUUGGGAACAAACAAAGGGAGGAAAUGAACCCUCGCCUACAGGAGAAGCAGAACGAAACCAUUCAGCAGGCCAUAUGUGCUCUGCUGAAUUCUGGUGGAGGAGUGGUCAAGGCUGAGAUUGAAAAUGAAGACUACAAUUAUGCAAGACAUGGAGUGGGUCUAGAUCUGCCUUCAAUUUUCAGAGGCUAUUUAGAUGAGAUGCAGCAAGGAAACCUCUUUCUGAUUUUUGUGAAUUCGUGGAACACUGAGGCCGCUGGUGUACCAUUUGCGACCUUGUGCUCCAAUUUGUACCACAGAUAUAAAAUAUUUACUGAUGUCAUGGAGCCUCAGGAAGCCCUGGCAUUCCUCAGAAGGAGGAUUCAAACUCUUAUGAAUACUAAUGAUUCCAAUCCAUUAGGUUCCCAGGAAGCUCAGAUUGGUGUAAAACAUGAACCAGCAGCCUCAGCUGCUGAUUUAUUUGAUAGAGCACAGCUCCAGUACCUAGAAAAACUCAACUUCGUGGAGACCAGGCAUGUUGAAUUUAAAAUGUUCUCAGCAGAUGUGUCACAGUGUGUUAGAGAGAUGCUUCCCAAGUGUGUUUCUGCACUUGCAAAUACUGAAGGAGGAUAUGUAUUUUUUGGCGUGCAUGAAGAGACCUGUCAAGUCAUUGGAUGUGAAAAGGAGAAAGUAGAUCUUACCAUCCUGAGGAUCUCUAUCGAUGGCUGUAUUAGGAAGUUGCCUGUCCAUCAUUUUUGUACACGAAGACCUGAGAUACAAUAUACCAUCAAAUUCCUUGAGGUGCACGAUAAGGGGGCUCUCUAUGGAUAUGUCUGCGCAGUCAAAGUGGAGCAAUUCUGCUGUGCUGUGUUUGCCAAAGUGCCCAAUUCCUGGCAUGUGAAGGACAACCAAGUGAAACAGAUGUCCACAAAGGAAUGGGCAACUUGGAUGAUCGAAACCGACCCAGAUCUUUCUAGGAAUUCAGAGAUGGUCCUUGCACUGAGUAUGUCAUCUGGCACGCCUCGCAGCAGGACUGUGUGCAUUCAUAAGGCUUUGGGAUGCCUGAAAGAACAGCAGAAUCAUUACUUUCCAGUAUUACCAGACAGAGUGGUAUAUAAGCCGGAGAGCCUCUACAAAGAACUCUUCUUACAACAUAAAGGACUCCGAGACUUAAUAAAUACGGAAAUGCGCUCUGUCUCUCAAGGAAUAUUGAUUUUUUCUCAAAGCUGGGCUGUGGACUUAGGCCUGAAGGAGAAGGAGGGAGUCAUCUGUGAUGCUCUUCUAAUUUCCCAGAACAACACCCUGAUCCUCUACACCAUCUUCAGCAAGUGGGACGUGGGGUGCAAGGGCUACUCUAUGAUAGUGGCCCAUUCCCUGAAGGAGAGCUUGGUGAACAUGGGAGGCUACACUGGGAGAUUAUGUGUCACUCCCUUUUUGAAUCCUGAUAAAACAGCAAACACUCUUUAUGGCCCAGAUUUGCAGAUUUACCCUGAGUCCUAUAAUUUUACCAUCCAGAACAUGGAAGUUCUGUUACAGUCCCUUGUGAUAGUCUUGCUCGGGUUCAAAUCCUUAAGUGAUGAGCUGGGCUCUGAGGUUUUGAACCUACUUACAGAUAAGCAGUAUGAGUUGCUUUCAAGGAACCUUCACAAGACCAGAAAGCUGUUUGUUCAUGGCCUAACUGGAUCUGGGAAGACCAGCCUGGCUCUUAUGAUUAUGGAGAAGAUCAGGAACGUGUUUCACUGUCAAUCAGAGAAUAUCCUCUACGUCUGUGAAAACCAGCCCCUGAAGAAGUUUGUGAGCAAGAAAACCACCUGCCAGGCAGUGACUCGGAAAACCUUCAUGAAAUAUGACUUUGAAAACAUUCAACACAUUGUCAUCGAUGAGGCUCAGAAUCUGCGCACAGAAGAUGGGGACUGGUACGGGAAAGCAAAAGCCAUCACUGAGAGAAAUAAGGAUCGCCCAGGAGUUCUCUGGGUCUUUCUGGACUACUUCCAGACCAAUCACUUGAGCUGCAGCGGCCUCCCCCCUCUCUCAGCCCAGCAUCCAAGUGACACACUCACCACAGUGGUCCGCUAUGCGCAUCCGAUAGCCGACUACCUGCAGAAAACGUUGCGGAAGGUCAGAGAAAACCCUCUUCCUAACCUCCCCCCGGGGGCCCUGCUGAUGUUCCAGGAGCCUAGAUGGGUUCAAGGUGUCCCAGGCAACGUAGAGACGUCCCAUCAUUCGGACUUGGAGGAGAUGAUGAUCUAUGUAGCGGAGAAAUGCCGCUCUCUCUGGAGGAAUGGUUAUUCUCCCAAGGAUGUUGCCGUGCUUUUCAGCAAAGCACAAGAAGUGGAAAAAUAUAAAGAAAACCUCCUAACGGCGAUGAGAAGGAGAAGAAUGUCUCAGCUCGAUGAUGAAUCGGAUCUGUUAGUACAGAUCAAGGAUGCAUCAGAUAUUCUGACCAAUCACAUUGUAGUAGAUAGUGCCUAUCGAUUUUCAGGUCUGGAAAGAAACGUCGUGUUUGCAAUCAACCCACGGGCAGUUAAACCAGUUGUUUAUGAAAACCUUCUGCUCUGUCUGGCUUCCAGAGCAAGGAAACAUUUGUAUAUUCUGAAGUUGCCUGAACAGCAAGAAGAUCCUAGUGAACUGUGAAGCUAUUUAAAUAUUAAUUUGGGGGUAAAGGGGGACUGUAGGGCACAUGGACUCACCAGACAGAGACACAGAGAGAAAAUGAGAAAUUGCCCCCAGGGGGAUGGCCGUGCCACAAUUCCUUCUCCUCCA